GAAACAGCGGGGGCGGGACCGAGGAGCCCGCGGGGUCACGGUGGAGCCUCGGAGCGAGAGCCGUGAGGGGGAAGCACGAAGGGGUCGGAGCGGGAGCGCGGUCGGCGCUAGGACCGAGCCUGAGCGGCCGCAACGCGCAGGGGCGGCCAUUCCUCCUCCGCCCGCAUUCCCGACGCUUUCCCAUUCCCAUUCCCGCUCCCCAUCCCGGUGACAUUUUCGGGAUCGACUCCUGGAAAAACCUCGGGAUCCAUGGAAGAGCCAUUCCCAGAGGAAAAGGACGAGGAAGGGGGAAAAGCGACGUUGAACAUCGACCUGGAUUUUUUUCUGUGCCCACAUGGAAAUGCUUCGCGAUCCCGAAUUUACAUCCAAAAUUUUAGGGAAUUCCUUCCUAAACCUCUCAACUUCCAAGAAAUCCUGGAAUAUUCUCAUUUCCUGCAGGAAUUCCUGGAAUGACAUCAGGAAAAUCUCUGGAAUUCACCUCUCCACUGUUUCUUGGCCUCAUCCCAAGCUUUUAUUUCCUUCUCCUCUGGAUAUUUUUAGCUCUGGGUGUGGCCAUGCCUGGAUUGAAUCCAAAAAAUCCAAGAACUUCCUGAAACUCCGGAGAUAAAAUCCAACAGAAUCCGGAGCCAAAUUCCAGGAAUUUCUUCCUCCAUCUCAGGAAUUCCAUGGAAAACCCGGCCUUCGAGAUGCACGGCGCGACCCCUCCGGCUUUUUCCAGGAGCAAAGAGGAAUUCCAGAGCAAAGGGAAAAGCUCCACGAUGAAAUUUUUCCUGCUUUGUCUCCUGGCUUCCAUCAUCACCACAUCCCUGGGAAUUCUGAUCCUUUCCCUGAUUUUUGGGAAUUGUUGGGAAUUUCCGAAGGAUUCCGGAGGGAAUGAAGAGCUUGGAAAGGAAAUGGAGGAAAAAACGGAUCCAAAAUUUCGGUUUUUGUAUCAUUUGAGGGAAUCUAAGAUCUAUAAAUACCAAGGAGGAGAAAUCCAAUGGGCUCGAUUCCGACGGGAUCCCCGGGAAUACGAAAACCCGGAAGUUCGGGAAUUCGGGAAAAGCCUCAAUUUCCAUAAAUCCCAAAUAACUUUGGGAAUGUUGAGGAUCCGGAGCCGGGGACUGCGAGCUCCUCACUGGCAUUUCAAUGCCAACGAACACGGAUUCCUGCUCCAGGGCUCUGCAUGGAUCGGGAUCCUGGGACCAGAUCAUUCCCAAGCCGUCACCUACAACGUCACCGAGGGUCAGGUGGUUUUUUUCCCGAAGAAUUCCGUUCAUUGGGUGAAAAAUGUCGGAAAAGAGGAUUUGAUUUUCCUGCUUUUCUUCUCCACUCACGAGGAAUUGUUGACUUUGGAUGUGGAUGAUGUUUUCUUCUCCACCCCCGAGGAUGUGGCAGCUCGAGCCUUGAAGCCAAAGGGAGGCGUUGGAUUCAUCAGAACAUUCCAGAAACCCGGAGAGGAUCAAAGCAUCAACCUCCCCAAAAACCUGGAUCAGCUCAUCCACAAUUCCACCUUCCCCCAAUCCCCGGAUUCCCAGGUCUGGAAAUUCUUCUACGAUCUCCCAGGAUCUCCGGAAUUUCCGUUCCCGGGAGGAAUUUUCCGAUGGGCGAGAUUCCGGAAAAACGGGACGGGAUUGACGGAAAAUCAACGGAUCUUCAGCCAAUCGCUGCAUGAGCACGAGAACAGCCUGACCUUGGCCACGCUCCGGAUUUUUGGGAAUCAUUUGGGAAUUCCUCAUUUCCACUUCAACGCCAACGAGAUGGGAGUGGUGAUCAGCGGCUGUGGACAGGUGGGCGUGGUCCUUCCCGAAGGCUCCUCCCUGUUUUCCGUCGGCAUCGGUGACGUCGUUUUCUUCCCGCUGGGAUCCCAACAUUUCAUCCAGAGUUUCUGCCAGGAAGAUUUGCUCCUCGUGCUCGCCUACAACACUGGAAACCAGCUGGAGACGCUGAGGAUGAAUCAAUAUUUCCCUGGAAUUUCCCAUCAAAUCCUGGCUCAACUCUUCCACAAAAACCAGGAAGAAUUCCAGAAAAUUCCCAAAAAUUCCCGUUAAUUCCAGGAAUUCUCCUCAUGGGAAAAAAAAAAUUGGGAAAAAUCCCAAAAAAUUUAAAAAAAAUUUGGAAUUUUGAGGCUUUGGAAAUGAAUAAGAAAAUUGAAUUUUUUCGUGGUUUUAUCCUGAU